AGAUGUUGUUCAGAUGUGUUUUGCCGAGAUUCGAAUGAAGGGGCAUCGAGGUAUCACAAUACCGAUUAAGUUCUAGUAUGGUAGCAGUGCAGUACCACCACCAUUCUAGAAAUUCGCUGGCCAAGAGCUACUUUUAAUCAAUGCCCACAGUUCGACCUCUACGGGGAUGAGGACAUGAACUCAAGACAUCUAGUGAUUACAGACAUGUCUUCCUUCACAAUUAUCAAACAGAAUAGGAAGAAUCUAAUCAAUAAGUACAGAAGACAUAUCUCAAACAACUGUAAAGUCACGGGAACUCAGGGCCGACGACAUAGACUCCGACUUUCCACACACAAGAAGAAUUGAGGACAAAUCUCAUGAUCUCAUAAUAAAAAUACCUAUGUUUCAGAAGCACCGGGAUAAUAAAUAACUUCAUAAUAAAAUUCCACACUCCACUCUUUAAAUUUCUCUUGCAAUUGUCACUAUACGAGUAGUGUUCCUCUAAACGAUCUCUCGGCGGCUAAUACACAACACUCCAUAAGGAAUGAAUCUUCAACAAAAUCAAUAUAAUAAACUCAGACAUACAAAAACCCACCGCAAAAAUCUCAUUCAAUACAUCAUCAUCCAAAACCCCAAUGAGCAUAAUAAAAGACGCAAUCGACCAUCCCCAACCAUCUGCAAAUCUUCGCAAAGACACACAAGUUCAAUUCCCGUCUCCACGCCCAAAAUCCCAUUCAUACAAUGCACAUCUUCCAGAAAUUGAAUCCCAUUUCCAAAACAUACAGCUACCGCCUGCGAUUCUCCUCCACAACCCAUAAUUUCCAUAGUACAUCACUCCAUAUUCCCUUCCACGUGCAUGUGCAUGUGAAUCCUUCAGCAUCCGAAAAUAGAAAUCCGGGGUAAGGUUACACUUAACAAAUUCUCAGGCGGCAAAAAUAUUCUCACGAACCGCGUAGGUUACCUACAAUCUAGAAUUGCGUUGAAGAUAAUAAAUAUACUAGGUAUUUAAAUCCCAUUUCCAUUCCCCUGUAUAAACACAAAGAUGCGAGAUAUAUUAAACUCCGCUUCCAUUCCCAUAUUCUCUCUCUCCUUCCCGUACCGUUUCCUUUCCAUCUUCUUUCAAAAUUCCAGACAUCGAAUACCUACGUAUACCUACCAAGUGGCCCAGUCUGGAUUUCUCCCACCCAUCCACAAGUGCGUAACGCCUCCGGUCACCUUCCGGCCAUCCAUUCCAUCAUUUGCAACGCCUCAUCCGUUACAUAUACAUCGUGAGAUAUUAAAGUAAUUUUUCUCGUCGUCGAUAUUAUCAUAGAGAAACAUCGAUAAUCCAAAAAAAAAAAAGGAAAAAAAGAAUCGAAAUGGAGAGCUCCUUGCGAAACACUACGGAUUCUAUAUUUUCCCAUGCCCAGGAAAUGAAAUACAUAGAUGAAAACAUCUUAAACCAAUCAUCCCAAGCCACCAUUUCCCCUUCCACAUCCAAUACAAACCUCACAUCCACAUCUUCAUCUUCACCCCCCAAACUUCUCAAAUCCUCCACAUCAGAAUCAGACUCAAAAUCAACAUCACAAACCCCACUAUACUCCUCCCACACAAUCUCCCAUUAUCCAUUCCCGUCAAUUAGAUCCGGGAUAGCACCCAAAAUAUCAAUCACAACAACCAUCGAUUCCAUGAUCUCGAAUCAUCAAAAUGGGAGUAUGGGACUUUCGCUUUUGACGCGAGAUUUGGUGGCCAGUCCGGUUGAAGAUUUUAUUUUGGGGAGUCCGCUGGAGGGGUUCAUGUAGAUUUUUGAGGGAGGGUUUGUUUGCUUUGUG